GAUGGACCAAUGGCUGAAGGUAUAUCCCCAGUAGAAGCAAAUGAUCGACUACAGAUUUUUCAGAGUCAGUUUGAUGAUCUUUGGACAAAGUUCACCAUUUACAGUGGUGGAGAACAGCUGUUUGGUCUGUCUGUAACAGACUAUCCAACACUUGUGCGUAUAAAGAAGGAGUUAAACCUGUUACAGAAGUUGUAUGGCUUAUACAGUCAGGUAAUGACAAGCAUCAGUGGAUAUUUUGAUAUUCUGUGGACUGAGGUAGAUAUUGAGAAGAUAAACCAGGAGCUAUCUGACAUGCAAAAUAGAUGUCGCAGACUUCCUAAAGGUUUGAAGGGAUGGCAGGCAUUUUUAGAUUUGAAAAAGGAGAUAGAUGAUUUCAGCGAAUCUUGCCCACUUCUGGAGCUAAUGGCUAACAAGGCCAUGAAAGAUCGCCAUUGGGAAAGAAUGGCUAAACUUACAGGACAUUCAUUUGACUUUGAUUCUGAAAACUUCACAUUAAGAGACAUUAUGAAGGCACCCUUGUUAAAGUACAAGGAAGAUAUUGAGGAUAUUUGCAUCUCUGCUGUUAAAGAGAAGGAUAUUGAGGCCAAGUUGAGUCAGGUCGUGACAGACUGGAAUGCAAGAGAACUUAGCUUUUCAAAUUUCAAGGCUCGUGGUGAACUCUUGUUAAAAGGAGCAGAGACAUCUGAGAUAGUGGCUCAACUGGAAGAUGGACUCAUGGUUCUUAGUUCCUUGCUUAGUAACAGGUACAAUGCUCCUUUCAAAAAGAAAAUUCAACAAUGGGUUGGUAAAUUGUCAAACACAACAGAUAUACUUGAAAACUGGAUGAUUGUACAGAACCUAUGGGUGUACCUGGAAGCUGUAUUUGUUGGUGGAGACAUCGCCAAACAGUUACCACAGGAAGCAAAGAGGUUUCAAAACAUAGACAAAUCAUGGGUAAAGAUUAUGGUAAGAGCUCAUGAGAUGCCAAAUGUUGUUUCAUGCUGUGUAGCUGAUGAAACAAUGGGUCAGUUAUUACCUCAUCUAUUAGAACAACUAGAAGUUUGUCAGAAGUCACUCACAGGAUAUUUAGAAAAGAAGAGAUUGGUCUUUCCAAGAUUUUUCUUCAUCUCUGAUCCAGCAUUGUUGGAAAUACUUGGUCAAGCUAGUGACUCUCAUACAAUUCAGGCACAUCUUCUUGGAGUUUUUGAGAAUGUGAAUGAAGUUGAGUUCCAUGAAAAAGAUUAUGACAGAAUUCUUGCAGUCAUCUCAAGAGAAGGAGAAAAAAUUAUGCUGGAAACACCUGUAAUUGCCAGAGGCAAUGUAGAACUGUGGCUUGGUGAACUUCUAAAGGAACAGAUGAAGUCUCUACAUGGUGUCAUAAGAGAUGCCUUUAGAACUAUAUCUACACCAGAAUUUGAACUCUUGGAAUUUUUGAACAACUUCCCAGCACAGGUUGGCUUGCUAGGCAUACAAAUGAUCUGGACACGAGAUGCAGAAGAAGCCCUGACAUUGGCUAGAUCUGACAAAAAGGUUAUGCCUACAACUAACCAGAGAUUCCUUGAUAUGCUCAAUAGAUUAAUUGACCAGACCACGCACGAUCUCACCAAAGUUGAGAGAGUCAAAUUUGAAACCCUUGUCACCAUACAUGUACAUCAGAGAGAUAUCUUUGAUGAUUUGACAAGGAUGCAUAUCAGAUCACCAUCAGACUUUGAGUGGCUCAAGCAGGCAAGAUUCUACUUCAAGGAAGACACUGACACCUGUAUAGUACAGAUCACUGAUGUAGACUUUAUUUACCAGAAUGAAUUUUUAGGAUGUACAGACAGAUUGGUAAUCACUCCACUUACUGAUAGAUGUUACAUUACCCUAGCACAAGCACUUGGUAUGUCUAUGGGAGGUGCUCCAGCAGGUCCCGCUGGUACUGGAAAAACAGAAACAACUAAGGAUAUGGGAAAAGCACUUGGCAAAUAUGUUGUUGUCUUCAAUUGCUCUGAUCAAAUGGACUUUCGAGGAUUAGGACGUAUCUAUAAAGGUUUAGCACAGUCUGGAUCAUGGGGAUGCUUUGAUGAAUUUAACAGAAUAGAGCUGCCUGUAUUAUCUGUAGCUGCACAGCAGAUCUACAUUGUACUCACAGCCAAAAAAGAUAGAAAGAAGGAAUUUGUCUUCACAGAUGGAGAUAAUGUAGACUUAAAUCCUGAAUUUGGUCUGUUCUUAACAAUGAACCCUGGUUAUGCUGGACGUCAAGAAUUGCCUGAGAAUUUGAAAGUACAAUUUAGAACUGUUGCUAUGAUGGUUCCUGAUAGACAGAUUAUCAUGAGAGUGAAGCUUGCUUCUUGUGGUUUCCUUGAAAAUGUCUUGCUUGCACAGAAAUUCUACACACUGUACAAACUGUGUGAAGAACAGCUUUCAAAACAGGUACAUUAUGAUUUUGGAUUAAGAAACAUUUUGUCAGUACUGAGAACACUGGGAGCAAACAAGAGAGCCAGACCAAAUGAUACUGAAAGCACAAUUGUCAUGAGAGUACUCAGAGAUAUGAACUUGUCAAAACUGGUUGAUGAAGAUGAACCAUUGUUUAUGAGUUUAAUUGCUGACUUGUUCCCUGGAAUAACACUGGAUUCAGCAACUUACGCUGAACUUCAAGUGGCAAUAGCAAACCAGGUAGAUGCUGCAGGGCUCGUAAACCAUCCCUCAUGGAACUUGAAACUUGUACAGCUAUAUGAGACUCAGCGUGUACGUCAUGGAAUGAUGACAUUAGGACCAAGUGGUGCUGGUAAAUCAUGCUGCAUUCAUGUACUGAUGAAGUCAAUGAGUGACUGUGGAGCUCCACAUAGAGAAAUGAGAAUGAACCCAAAGGCCAUUACAGCACCACAGAUGUUUGGUAGAUUGGAUGUUGCCACCAAUGACUGGACAGAUGGUAUUUUUUCUACACUUUGGAGAAGAUCUUUGAAAGCAAAGAAAGGAGAGCAUAUCUGGAUUGUUCUAGAUGGUCCAGUAGAUGCUAUUUGGAUUGAGAAUCUCAACUCUGUACUUGAUGACAACAAAACUCUAACAUUAGCUAAUGGAGAUCGUAUUCCUAUGGCACCAAACUGUAAGAUUGUGUUUGAAGUGCACAACAUUGACAAUGCUCGCCUGCUACUGUAUCCAGAAACGGUAUGGUCUUCAUGAGUUCAUCUGCAUUGGACUGGAGACCUAUUU